GAGCAUUUCUGGCAACCCUGCUGCCCUCUACCUCUACCCUGUUGAACUGCUCUUCCGUGACAUCACAGAUGGAGCCACGUUAUCACUAUAGCAACGAUGGUUGCCCCCAUUGUGUCUAUAUACAGUUAAUUUCGAGCUCUGUUUAGGGCAUAUACAAUAUCCGAAGGCAGUGUAUCUGUUAUUGCUGAACGUGUAACAAAAUAAACCUUCGGAUGAAAGGGUCUCUACUGUAUUAUAAAUGACGCCUGUGUGAUUCCGAAGGUAGUACUAUAAUCGUAGUACAUAUGUAUAUGCAACCUCCAACGCCUCCAAAGCUCUAAGAGUGAUAAGAGGGAGAGAGAGAGAGAGAGAGAGAGAGAGAGAGAGAGAUAUAAUCAAUUACGAUAGCAUAACGACCAGUGACCACAGGUCUGGGCCUGGAAGUGCGCACUGAGAAAAACAAGAGGGGACAAAUUUCAGCCAAUCCGUAUCCAGUAGAAAGAGGUCUACGCUACAAACACAGUUUCUCUCACUGUCUAAAAGUUGUCUACAUGUUCAGCAGUAGUAGAUGCUGCCUUCGGGUAUACAGUAAUGGGACCUACUCCUGCACAUCUCUAGGCUGCAGCUUGAUCCGUUAACGAGGCUUGAAAUAGAAAUUUUCUUUGCUCUGAUUGGCUGACGAUUCAUCGCUGAGACAGGAUCCACUGGGAAUUGGAUGCGUAACAACUAAACUUAGGGAGUAAGAGAAGCGUGCAGGAGUAGGUCCCAUUACUGUAUAUGCUCUAAGGUUUAUAUGUUCUAAGAUCGAUGGGUCUCUAAGGUGGUACAUACAUGAUGCUAGUUUUGGUCAGUUUUGAUGUUUGCCAGCAGAGGCGUGCAGGUCACUGUAACACUGCAGGUUUGCAUACUGCUGCUGCAGACCGCCACCGCCACAGAUCCUCGAAUGUCACGAAGGUAGCGGUUUUAUUGUUUUCUGUCUUAUAUGUGUACACAUAUGUACAUUUAGUAUGUAUAUGCAUGUACCGAGAUACAUAUUCGCAAACAAUUCAAAGAUACUACUUCAUAGGAUACUGAUCUAUCGAUGUACAUAUUUCCUAAUAACAGAAGACGAAAACAAAAAUUAAAAACAUAUUGUAUCGAUAAAAACAUAUCGAAGUUUCAGACUUUCUUACAAACUUCGAAUUCUGUAGUUCGACGCUCGGUAGGUAGCAAUAGUCAACACAAGAUGUUUCUCGAUCACAUGUGCAUUGGUGAUCUGAAGAAUGUAAAACGAUAUAUUUAAUGAAGAACUCUACGCACGUUACAACUUGAGAAUAUUGUCAAAUACAUUUAUUUGAACGAUCGAUUACGAAUAAAUUUGGUUGUUCUCUAACGUGCAAGUGUACAUUGCUUCUGGACUUUAAUGAGAAUUUCGAAUGGCAAAAACACCGCGAAUCGUCAGUGUUUCCUCGUGUGAUUUAUCAUAGCCUUCAUUCAUAUGUACGCACUGUGUUCUAUUCCAUAUAAAUUGUUGAUACAUCGAUCGGAAUAAUUAACAAAAAUGGUACCGCUCGGACCAUCGCCAGGACAUCAAACAUCCGUCAAUAAUACGGCAGCUGCUCCUUCCAGCGGAACUAAGAGCAGCUCAGCAGUGAAACCAAAUUAUACCUUAAAGUACACUUUGGCAGGUCAUACUAAAGCAGUUUCAUCUGUGAAAUUUAGUCCCAACGGAGAAUGGCUUGCGAGUUCUUCUGCGGAUAAAUUGAUCAAAAUAUGGGGAUCGUACGAUGGUAAAUUUGAAAAAACUAUAUCGGGUCACAAACUAGGUAUCUCCGAUGUAGCCUGGUCCAGCGAUAGUAGGUUAUUAGUAUCCGCAUCCGAUGAUAAAACACUGAAGAUUUGGGAAUUAAGUUCUGGCAAAUGUUUAAAGACGCUAAAGGGUCAUAGUAACUAUGUCUUUUGUUGCAAUUUUAAUCCACAAUCGAAUCUUAUAGUAUCCGGUUCUUUUGACGAAAGCGUUCGAAUUUGGGAUGUAAGGACUGGAAAAUGUUUGAAAACGUUACCCGCCCAUUCAGAUCCUGUUAGCGCGGUACACUUUAACAGGGAUGGAUCGUUAAUUGUUUCUAGUAGCUACGACGGAUUAUGUCGAAUUUGGGAUACAGCAUCGGGCCAGUGUCUAAAAACUUUAAUAGACGAUGACAAUCCACCUGUGUCGUUUGUAAAGUUUUCGCCAAAUGGAAAAUAUAUUUUAGCAGCUACGCUAGAUAAUACAUUGAAACUUUGGGACUAUAGCAAAGGAAAAUGUUUGAAAACGUAUACAGGUCAUAAGAACGAGAAAUAUUGUAUAUUUGCAAACUUUUCCGUGACAGGAGGGAAGUGGAUCGUUUCGGGUUCGGAAGACAAUAUGGUAUACAUCUGGAAUUUACAGACCAAAGAGAUAGUUCAAAAAUUGCAAGGUCACACAGAUGUUGUGCUGUGUACAACCUGUCAUCCCACGGAUAACAUUAUAGCUUCGGCUGCUCUUGAAAAUGAUAAAACUAUUAAAUUAUGGAAGAGCGAUACAUAAACUGGGGAAAGACAGUUCGUUUGCCAUGUUCAAAAGAUUUGUGUCAAAUGCGUUCAUGCACGUUAAAAAGAUAUUUUCCUUUUUAAUCUUGGACGUUUUCAGAAUUUUCGUUUGCAGCAUUGUUCGUGGUUUCGUUGGUCGUCCCCCGUCUUCCGUGUGAAAUUAUGAAAAGUGGUGUAACACUUUUUAUUAUCGCAAAACACAACGCAACGCAUAAAGUGUACAUUCCAACUCAUACACGUGUCUAUAUAGAUUCGAACUAGAAUACAUUAAGUCGAAUAGAUUUAAGUUAUUAGACAAUACCUUGAUUUGAAUUAACGGUUACGAAAAAUGAAUGGGACGCGAGCAUAAAGCAUCGUUGGUAGAACUCUCCGUGUAAGCGCGAACGAUUGUUACUCAUGGUUUCGAUAUUUAUUAUAUAAAUAAUCAUUGCCCCAUAUUUCUAGCAUCGCGUCACUUGUGAAACUUCAAUAUUUCAUCGUGUCCUUGUAAUCGGAAGCGUAGGUACACACCAAGAUCCUGUGAGCCUGGAGCCUGUGACCUGUAACACACUCCCUCCCCCACUUUUUACCACCCUCGCCUCACACUCGCUCACUCUCGCUCACUCUCAUAGACACUCGUGCGCGAGGCAUCCACAAACUACGUAGAGAAAUAUCUGAAUUCUUACAAGUAUCGUGUAUAAUAUAUUUCGACUACUAUACGAGAGAAGAAAAAGAGUUUAAAAAAUUAAUGAAAAAAGAUGCUUGUAUUGAAAACGUUUAUGUGAAUAAAUCGAGAAUAAAACAUAUAUUUUCGUACCUGAAAA